AUGGGACAAGGAGAUCUAUGGGACGAUUCAGCUCUCAUCAACGCCUUUGAUAACGCUAUCUCUUCUUACAAGAAAAUGCACAUCAGCUCCAAAAACAAAGAAGCAGAGGGAAUCAUCCAAGAAAACGUUGAAAUCUCAACUACUACAAGGGAUACUGAAGCGAAAAUUAGUAAUCCCACUACUGAUUCAAGUGAAAUUAGUAAAGUUUCAAACUUGAAAGAAAAUCACCAACCUUGUUUAGAUUCAACAAAUGCUCAAGAUAUUCAAAUUGGACAUAGUGGUUAUUCAUAUGGGCAAGAAAUUGAUGAUUAUAAUCAGUUAGUUGCUCAGUACUAUGAACUCGAGGAGAAAAGAUUGAAGAUUUGGGACCAAAUUAAUGAAUAUGGUAGUUUGAAUUACCAAUAUGCACCCACUGUGUAUGAUUCUGGUGUACCGUAUUCUAAUGCUCAAGAUUAUUGGAUGUCUCCGCACCAAGUUUCCGAUCCGAAUGUUGUCUGUUCGUGUUGUCCGGAUUAUAGUCAAUGUGCUUUGGCUUUGGGCAGGUUGGGUCCUGGCUGUUCUGUUGGUGGAACGUGUGCUGGUAAACCUUGUAACGAUUCUGCUGCAGAAAAGGAUCCUAAAACGUUGAUUUCUGGAGAUGGUAAAGUUCGGGAAAUGGCAUUGGGGGCAGCAGAGAGGGCACUUUCUACUAUUAGAACAGCUAUUUCUGGAGAUCUGAAUGUAAAUGGAGAGAAAGAGAGAGAGAAUUCUGAACCUGAACAAAUUGGUGACUCAGAAACUGAUCUUACUACUCUUAUGAAUGCUUGGUAUUCUGCUGGCUUCUAUACUGGGAAGUAUCUUGCGGAAAAAUCUAGUGGAAAUAGAAGACAAAUAUAA